CCAGCGCUGCGGCGAAGUCAGGGUAAGGAAAGGACUCAAACCUGUCUCUGAGCUCCACGGGCUGUAGCGCCGCUCGACCUGCUGAGGGAGCCGGGGGAGGAAAGGCAGCCUGCAACCUGCGGCUCGGGAUAAACGUGGUACCUAUUAACAGAGGACACCUGGAGAUUAAGUGAUCCAACACGUCUCAUCCACCUCCAGCUGCCAUGAUCCUGGAUCACAGAACAAUACAAUACAUCAAUUCCUCACAAUGACAGAACAAGCAGUUGCUGUUGCUGGAGGUAUAAUAGGAGGGAUCCUCUUAUUUGUUCUCAUCGGAAUAACUGCAUACCUGCUCUGGAAGAAAUUUUGCUGGUUCCAUUCUUAUGAAAAGCUCACCGGUGCUGUCAAAACGACAAAUGCAAAUGCUGUUUUUCAGGAUCAGUCUGAAAUUCAGCUAAAAAGCACAAGUUUGGUUUCCAAGCAGAAGUCAGUAGCUGUUGUUGUCUUGAGCAGAUCCAGAAGCGUUCCAUUUAUCAUUCCACCAACACUGCAAGAGCGAGACUGGAUUAAUCUGAUGAACGAAGAACAUGUUCAGGAAGACAGUGACCCCUACAUGAUUCCUCAGUCUGGGCCCCGGUCAUCAUUUCAUUCUUUGGCUGGAGCUUACGUUGUAGGGACCAUUAACCCAGAGCUGUACAAAUUUCCUGAAGACAAAAGUGAGACAGAUUUUCCUGAAGGCAACAUUGGCCGCCUCUGGUUCUCCAUAGAAUAUGAGCAAGAGUCAGAAAGACUCCUCGUCUCCUUGAUCAAAGUCAGAAAACUGCAGCCUCCUGCUGCUGAUUCCUGUAGUCCAUUUGUGAAAAUCUACUUGCUGCCUGAUGAAAGAAGCUACUUGCAAUCCAAAAUGAAACGCAAAACUCUUAACCCGCAGUUUGAUGAAAACUUUGUUUUUCAGGUUUCCAGUAAAAUGUUGUUCUAUCGAACUCUGAAGUUUUUGGUUUAUCAUGUUGAUAAGCAGAAGAAACAUCAUCUCCUAGGCCAAGUUAUCUUCCCACUGAAAAAUGAACUAUUAACCAAUGACAACAAGCUAAUCAUAUGGAGAGAUCUGGAGAAAGAAAACUUGGAGCCUCCUUCAGAGUAUGGUGAUAUCCAGUUCUCCCUCAGCUACAAUGACUACCUAGGCCGUCUCACUGUAGUGGUUCUGAGGGCAAGGGGAUUAAAGCUCCAUGAGGAGAGCCAUUCUAUCAGUGUGCAUGUCAAAGUCUCGCUAAUGAACCAUAAUAAAUUCAUCAAAAGUAAAAAGACAGCAGCUGUUCUGGGAUCUCCCAAUCCAGUGUAUAAUGAAACCUUCAGUUUCAAGGCAGAUCAGACAGAGCUGGAUACAGCAAGCCUAAAUCUAUCUGUGCUCCAGAGUAUCAAGGGUGAAAAAACACAUCUACUAGGACAUGUAGUAGUUGGGCCUUUCAUGUACACCCGUGGCAAAGAACUAGAACACUGGAAUGAAAUGAUCAGCAAGCCCAAGGAGCUGGUUAAGCGAUGGCAUGCUCUUCGCCACAGCACGUAACAGCAUGGAUAAUAAAACCCCCAACUAACCUUAACAUGUAAAAGCUCUCACUGCUAUCUUUCAUAAUCUAAAGGGAACAAAAAUCUUUGACCAUUUUACACUCUGAAGUAGACAUGAAUAAAAUAAGUAAAUUCCUUCCUUGCCCAAAUGCAAAUAGAAGACUUGGUCCCUAGUAAGCUGUAACUCUUAUCUUUGCUCUCUCCAAAAUAUAUUUCCAAUUUAAUUAAUAAGUACCACAGUAAACAAAUCAGACAAACAUGAUCUCACUGUAUUAGUUAUUUUGACUAAUAAAUUCUAAUUCUUGAUCAUGAGUUCCAUGGCCAUCAUCCAUCAUGUGGACAGACCUAAGAAUUUUUAAUGAUGAUAGCAGGCCUUACUGUUCACUGCAUUGCACCACCAAGGACAGAGCAGCUUCACCAAAAGGGAUGGAAGCCCAGUAAACAUGCCAGAACACACAAAGCCCAAAAGAUGUUGACUGAUUACUAAGUGUACAAUUUAUUUAAAAUAGCAGUAUUAUAUUUAAAACAUAUCUUUGAAUCUUUUGAAUAUAAGUGGUGGAAAGCACUGAAUGUUUCUUCAUCAAAAACUUAGAUGCACCUGUUCACAUUCCCCAGCACAGCAUAUUUUUUGCAGUAAUUUGGUUUUCAUGUUUUCAGCUGACCCCAGUGUAUGACACUUUGUGUUGACUCUAAGGGAGAAGCAUGAAAGAAGUUCUGAAGUCACAAAUAACUGGAGGCUUGGAGGAGUAUAGGAGCACCCUAAGAAAGUGACCUGACCUUAUGUAUUUCUCCCUAAACACAUCUCUGCUGGAGACAGCACUGAUUCCAAGAACCUUAGGUUUGACCUAGUAUGACCACUCUAACUGAAAACUCAAUUAGCUUAAGCCCCCAGGACACAUCUGUUUUAGUGGUAGAGUUUUCUUUGUUAACUAAAUUAGUGUUCUGCAAAAUAAUUCAGAGCAAUUAUUUUAAUAAAGUAAGACAUUCUUCUAUUCUUGAUUAUUCUCUGGGGACCUGAACUCUGUACCUUUCACGCCAUGCAGUCAUAAACCAGAUAGUCUAUUGCAGCAAAGCAUCUUGUACAGUUAUGUUCCAAGGACGAUAAUCUCUGCAGCUGAAAUAAAGCCAACUUGCUUUCAAACAGGAUACAAUAGUAAUUCAAUAUAUUUAAAA